GUUCGGCGCAGGCGCAGAAGCUUUGAGUGCGCAAUGAAAGCUGGCUAGUUUGCUAGGCUCAGUUUGUUCACCUGUGGUUUUGGAUCUAACGUGAAGGCAGUGUGUUUGCUUUUUCAUAUCUAACAUCGAGCGGUCUACAUAAUGAGCAAAUCUAGCUUUCAAUCGUUUGGUGGUGGAAGUACAGAUGGUCUCGAUAAGGUCGACAUGUCUUUAGAUGAUAUAAUCCGGCUGAAUAGGAAGCAGAAACAAUUCCAGGCCCAGAAGGCAAAGUACAGACUCCCUGUUAAAGGUCGCUUCACCCAGGGGAAGAAAACUGGCUCUGGAAGACCUGGAGUGCCAUCUAAAAGAGUUGUAGGAGGUAUUGUGAACAAACGCUUCGGCCAAAACCGCACGCUUCCUCCGACGGUGGCCAGGCGGCGUGGGCAGGGGGUCAUCACUGGUUUAGCAGCAAGAAAAAAUGCCACUCUGCUUAAAGGGAUCAGUCCACUCAACCGACCUGCCCAGAACAGACCUGUUCAGAACCGGCCAAUGCUGAACCGGCAGAUGCCCAACAAUGCAGCUUUGAACCAGAGAUCUCAGCCAUUUGUCCAACGGCGCAACACCCAGCGGCGACAGAUGCAGCUCCAGAGGAGACCAAACAGACAGAUGGACUCCCACAAACCUCAGGGCUCAGUUUCUCACAGACCCUUUCGGCUUCGCAGAAAAUGGAAUGUUCCAUCGGCUCAACAAACACAGAGAGAAGCACGACAGGCCACCUUCCUCUUCAGAAGAGGACUUAAAGUUCAUGCACAAGUUCAGAAGACACAGUCUGCUCAAGCCACACAGAGAACUCACUCGUGGCGCACUCCUACAAACAACAGUGGCAUCCUCACUGUGUCAAUAGACAACCCCACAGCUAGAACACAGCCCGAGCCUGCUCAGUCCUGGUCGCUGCAUCCCGUGACUCCAACACGCUCUUCACCUCCACCUAAAGAAGAGCCAGAGAGGAAACCUCCUAAAGGUGUCGCCCUGCAGUUUGAUAUCAACAGUGUUGGAAAGCAGACUGGAAUGACCCUCAAUGAGCGGUUUCGCAUUCUGAAGGACCAGCGCGUGGCGGCAGCGCAGCAGAGCAGUAAAGGGGGCCGAUUCGUCACUGUGGCCUAGAGCUGAACUCUGAGACACUGGUCAAGUGUCUCUAUUCCUGAUCACACACUGAACGAUAGUUCUUCAGGACAGAACAGGCAAACAAGGACCGGAGCUGAACUAACGCUGUUCGUGACUCGCAUUAAAUAUCCCUGAUGGAAGAGACUUCAUCAGAAAGUGGAUACGCUGUUAUUUUAGAAAAGUGGAAAAAGUUUUUUUUUUUUUUUUUUUUUUUUUUUAACAUUUAUUUUCUAAAAAUCUGCUGUUCUGUCCUCACAAAACAAGUAUAACUGUCCUUGAAUUUCAGUUACGUUGUGUCGUCUCCUGAACUGCCCUUGAUAUUUGAUGCCGUCCUGGUUUUUUUUUUUUGUUUUUUUUAUGUAUACGUAAUGCUGUUGCAGCUCAAAGAAUUUAAACGAUUCUGGAUAAACUUUGUUUUUCAUAAAGCGGUUGUAUGAAGCAGAACACAUUCUUUUUGUAGAGCAAAAAAGACUGUUUUAAGAUGUUUUAUAAUAUUUCAAUUAAAAAAAUGCAACAUUGUUCAACAAA